UGCAUGCUGAAUAUUUGGGGUGUGAUUCUUUAUCUCCGUUUGCCCUGGAUAACGGCCCAGGCUGGCAUAGGGCUAACCUGGUUGAUCAUUCUCAUGUCCUCUGUGGUGACCAGCAUUACUGGUCUCUCCAUCUCUGCAAUUUCCACCAACGGCAAAGUCAAAGCAGGGGGAACCUACUUCCUGAUCUCUCGCAGCUUGGGCCCAGAACUUGGUGGAUCCAUUGGCCUUCUCUUCUCCUUUGCCAAUGCUGUGGCUGUGGCCAUGCACGUAGUGGGUUUCUCCGAAACAGUGAAGGACCUGCUGGUGGAGUCGGAUGCCGUGAUGGUUGAUCCGGUGAACGAUAUCCGCAUCGUGGGUGUGAUUACUGUCACCUGCCUCCUUGGAAUCGCUUUGGCUGGCAUGGAAUGGGAAGCAAAAGUAAUGGCACAGAUGUGUGACAUCUUCUUGGAGAACCUCGCACCUCAAUGGCGAGGAGAUUCUGGAAGCUUUUUUGGCAUGUUCUCCAUCUUCUUCCCCUCAGCCACUGGGAUCCUAGCCGGGGCCAAUAUUUCAGGCGAUCUGAAGGAUCCAGCAGUUGCCAUCCCCCAAGGAACACUAAUGGCUAUCUUCCUGACCACCAUCAGCUAUUUGGCCAUUGCGGCCACCAUAGGAGCUUGCGUCAUCCGUGAUGCCUCUGGAAGUCUAAAUGACACUUUGGUUUCCAACUUCACUGGCGGAGACUGUGUUGGCCUGGGCUGCGGGUACGGCUGGAACUUCACUGAAUGCAGUGUGACACAGACCUGCAACUAUGGGAUUGCCAAUGAUUACCAGACAAUGAGCAUGGUGUCGGCAUACAGCCCCCUGAUCACCGCAGGAAUCUUCGCUGCUACACUCUCAUCUGCUUUGGCUUGCCUUGUGUCAGCCCCCAAGGUCUUCCAGUGCCUCUGUCAAGACAACCUCUACCCUCUGAUAGGCUUUUUCGCCAAGGGUUAUGGAAAGAAUAAGGAGCCACUGAGAGCCUAUGGUCUGACUUUUAUCCUGGCUGUUGCCUUCAUCCUCAUAGGUAAGCUUAUAGGUAAACUGGGGCUCCUCAGUGCAAGCCGGGACCUACAACAUGGCUCUUUCAAAUGCCAUGAACCUGAACAAUGUGGAAGACCAUGUCAAGAAUUUCCGUUUUAUGACAGUCACAGUCAUGGAAUCAUCUCUUGCCACCUUCUGAAAAGCUGGAGGCCUUCCUUCCGCUACUUCAGCAAAUGGACCGCACUUUUUGGAGCCAUUGUCUCUGUGGUCAUCAUGUUCCUACUGACUUGGUGGGCAGCCCUCAUUGUGGUUGGGAUCAUCAUUUUGAGCUUGGCGUAUGUCACCUACAAGAAACCAGGUCCUCCCAAUUUCCGACCAGACCUGGUGGAUUUUGUUGGCGCCUUCACUAAAAAUGUCAGCCUCAUGAUAUGCGGAAACGUGACCGAGGAUUCCUCCUGCUUUGAGGAUUACGAUGAGCAACUCCAGUGGCUCGGCGAGCGGAAAAUCCAAGCAUUCUACAACUUCAUCACCAUCGGAGACUUACGUUCAGGAGCUAGAACCCUUAUGCAGGUCUCAGGUCUAGGACGUCUAAAGCCCAACACCAUAGUUCUCGGUUAUAAAAGUGAUUGGCAGACCGACUCUCCCCAAAACCUGGAGAAUUAUGUGGGCAUAAUACAUGACACUUUCGACCUCGGCACUGCAGUCUGCCUGUUUCGGAUGAGACAUGGGCUGGACGUGUCACGGGUGAUCAAAGCCCAAGUUGGUGCCGAUGCUGCAUUGGAGACCGUGUUCCAGAGGAAUCAGAAGAAGAAAAAUAUCGAUAUCUAUUGGUUGUUCGAUGAUGGUGGGCUGACCCUCCUCAUCCCCUAUCUUCUGACUCGCCGGAAACGUUGGAGCCAGUGCAAAGUCCGAGUCUUCAUCAGUGGGCAGAUCUCUAAUGCCGAGGAACACAGAGAAGAAAGCCUUCCGGUGGUGCGUAAAGGAGCCUGUCCCAGCUCCCUCUACAUGGCCUGGCUUGAGACAGUCUCCAAGGACUUACCCCCACCAAUUGUCUUCAUCCGAGGCAAUCAAGAGGAUGCACUCACCUUCUACUGUCAAUAG